UCUUUUCUUCUCUCUCUCAAAAAAAAAGAAAAAUGUCAAUCUUGGAAUCGCUUUCAAGCUCAUCGCCGCAUGUCAUUGUACAAACAACCCCUGGAAAGGGGCGUGAGUUUAUUGCGAAAGAAUCUUUACCCUCAGGCACAACUUUAUUCCAUGUCUAUCCAUAUGCCACAGCAAUUUUUGACAGCUUCAAAAAACGGAUCUGUGCGCGUUGCGUGUGUGUUCAUCCAACGCGAUAUUUCUCUACACACUGUCAUGGUUGUGAUCAAGUUUACUUUUGCAGUCAAGUAUGUUACGAGCAAUACUGUCCCGGACGACAUACCGGUCAAUGGAUUUGUUCAGCACUUCGAAAACUGGCCACCUUGAAAAAGGUCGACAGGCAUGAAAAAAGCGUUGCAAAGUUGGUCCUCCUCAUCUAUUGGCAACGUGAACAAGAACAACAAACAAUCAUCAACGACAACAACGACAAUACCCCAUUCUUAUCUACUUUUGAGCAAGUAGAAGCACUCGAAUCACACUAUAAUGAUUGGGAUGAGUCGGUUCGACACGAUUGGCAUCGCAUCCAGCUGUUCUUGGAAUCUCAGUUGGUUGACAAGUACACCGACACUUCUGAUAUCGCGCAUCUCAUUUCAAAGAUCGAAUCGAAUGGAUUCGGGAUCUAUCUCAGUGCUACUAGUGAUGAUAGUGUUAGUAGUAAUAAGGAUAAGAAGCACAAGAGCAGCAGUAGCAGCAGUAACAGUAAUAGCGGUCCAGUCGCACGAGCCUUAUUUCCUUUGGUAUCUCUCUUUAAUCACGAUUGCAAUAACAACUGUGAAGCAGAGCAAUUUGCUGAGCAACAACAAGACUUGGAAUCCGAACUGCUGCUGCUGCUGACCGAGAAGGAAAAAGAAGGUUCUGAUGAUAGUAGUAGUUGUGGAAAUGAUGAUGAAAUCAGCCAUUACUACUACUACUACCCGGACGUGUUUUCUCAGACCCGUGGGACUUUUCGGACAAUGGUGAUCCGAACCAUCCGACACGUCAAUGCAGGUGACCCGCUCACGAUAUCCUACAUUGAUUCAUCUUUACCUGUAUCCACGCGACGCCAAUUACUGCGCCAAGAUUACUAUUUUGAUUGCCAAUGCAAUCGUUGUAUCAAGGAGCUAUCAUCCCAAAAGAAAAAGAAAAAAAAGUAAAAGGCAACUUAUUUGUUGUGAUAUGUGUAUGUGUGUGUGUGUGCAUGUAUAU